UCCUCUCCUUCGCUAGCCAGCCAGCAGCCCCCCCUUGCUCUCCUAUCUAUAAGUACAACCCCUGAACAAAGGCAUGAGGGUGCAAGGUUGGUUGUCCCCUUGAAUCGAAUCGCUGCCUUUCCUCGUCACCUCCAUCGAUCCAACCACGAAACCGCCCAGAAACCUUCUGCCCUCUUCACACCUUGCUAGAGCUAGUGUGCUUAACCAACGUUUUCCCCCCGGCCUACCCAACAAUUCGAUUGAUCCAUGGAGGGUAGCAGCAACAGCCCGGACGGGCAGUCGUCGGGCGGCAGCCCAGAAGAGCGCCGCAGCAGCGGAGGGAGGGGCCCGGGGGAGCCGGUGCGCUCGCGGUGGACGCCCAAGCCGGAGCAGAUACUCAUCCUCGAGUCCAUCUUCAACAGCGGCAUGGUCAACCCGCCCAAGGACGAGACCGUCCGCAUCCGCAAGCUGCUCGAGCGCUUCGGCGCCGUCGGCGACGCCAACGUCUUUUACUGGUUCCAGAACCGUCGUUCCCGCUCACGCCGCCGCCAGCGCCAGAUGCAGGCCGCCGCCGCCGCAGCAGCAGCAGCCGCAUCGGCCUCCUCCGUCGCCGCCAGUAGCAUGCCGGCUGCUACUAGCACCACCAUCGGUCUUCCAUCCGGCACCGGCUCCGUUCACCCCAUGGCAAUCGGUGGGGCCGCGAGCCAGUACGAGCAGCGAGCCACCUCGUCGUCCUCGUCUGGAAGCACAGGAGGCUCGUCGCUGGGGCUGUUAGCGCAUGGCGCGGGGGUCUCAGGUGCCGGCGUUGGGUACCUGCAGGCAUCGUGCGAGACAUCGUCGCCGCUGGCGUCAGGGCUGAUGGGGGACGUCGACAGCAGCGGCGGCGGCGACGAUCUCUUCGCCAUCUCGCGUCAGAUGGGAUUCGCCGGCCCCUCCUCGACGGCGCCGAGCACCGCCGUGCAGCAGCAGUACUACCCGUGCCAAUUACCGGCAGCGACGAUCACGGUGUUCAUCAACGGAGUUCCAAUGGAGGUCCCGAGGGGUCCAAUAGACUUGCGAGCCAUGUUUGGCCAGGACGUGGUGCUUCUCCACUCGACCGGGGCCCUCCUCCCAGUCAACGACUAUGGCAUUCUAAUUCAGAGCCUGCAAAUGGGAGAAAGCUAUUUUCUGGUCUCGAGACAAACUUAAUAGUCCCCUAUAUAAUACUCCAUCGGUACCUAAGUACUUGUAGUUGAAGAAAACUAAACUAGUUCUCUCCAACUACAAGUAUUUAGGUGCAGAAUGAGUAGAUAGAUAGAAAUCUCUACUCAAGUCUCACUGGAUCAGAUGGAUGCAUGGGGCGACAUGGCGCAGUUCUUCAACCAUCAUAACGGGAUGCCGUCUUGCACGUAUAUCAUUUCGCCAUCCAGAAGCAACCUAGUUACAGUGCUACCUGGCUUGGACAAAUUAAGAAAUUAAAACAGUGGUAGUAUAUAUAUAUGUGUGUGUGUGUAUUGCACCAUCAGGAGUCUACGUCCCUACUUAUGUGCCAUUGAAACAUACCAAGGCGUGGGCGGUUGGGUUUCUGAUUAGAUUACGAGUUACAAUGGAUUGUCUUCACAUCGAUCAUUUUCGUUAUUAGCAGGCACACUAUUGACCGUCGAGCUAAAUAUUGAUUUCAGCUACCAGCUGGUAUCCUACUA